CCGACAGACUUGGAGCGACAAUCUAUUCCCCCAGUGAGCGAUCAACGAGGGCAGCCAGGACUUGAAGUGCUCAUGAGCACUGCAUCGGCGGAGUCUUGGCAGAAGUAAUUCCGAGAAGUUCCGAUUGUGCACAGACGAGCCGGAUACGGUUCAAGAAUCAGCGCGGGCGCAUUUGCGCAGCAGAAGGAAUGCAGGGCUUUUGGGUACAGUGGUCCAUCGUCAAUUUUCCUAUCGUGGCAGGUUGUGAAAGUAUCGAUCGCAGCACCUCGCUUGCCCUUGCCCCACUAAAAAGCUUAACUCAGAACCCUGCAACAGUUUUGCCGACAUCCUCAAUUUUCGCGACCGCUGGACUACGGCUCCCGACAGCUCGCAGAACGCCGCAAUGGCCACCAAAACAAAGACUCCGCACAAAUCGAAUAACCACGAGCGAUUCCUGCCUACACAAAUGAAGGAUGCGCCGUCAUUCGGUUCCGAAUCCGACGAGGCGAGCGACGCCGAACCAGGCGCAUUGCAGCAAGUGAACGGCGAGAAGGAACUAGAUUGGGAGGGGUUUGACGAGGAGAAUGAAGACGUACACAGUGGGAGUGAGAAAGAAGAGGAAGGAGAUGAUGAUGAUGAAAGCAUGGAAAUCGUCGUGCAGAAGGAGAAGCCUGUGCUCCCAAAGGAUACCGAAGAAGAAGAGCUCGAACGGCUCGUGUUUGGGGACUCGGCAGGCUUCAAGAAGGGUCUAGAGGCCUUUUCGCUAGAUCACUCUGCAGUCGCAUUCGGUGCAGAGUCGGAAGAGGAGCAGGACGAAGACGCGGACUUCGACAACGUCGCGGAUCAGGACCUUUUCUUCUUCGAUACUGGCCCGGCACCUGCGCCCGCCGGGCCUUUAGCUAUUGUACAAGGAGAUGAGUCAGAGGAUCAGGACGAUAAGCCUGCGUGGGAGGAUAGCGAUGACGAACGCAUAGUUGUGAGUCUGGCGUCUGUGCCGCAGUUGAGGAAGCUGCGGGAGACCGCCCAGGACGACAUGGUCAAUGGGAAGGAGUAUGCGCGCAGAUUGAGGAAGCAGUACGAACGGUUGUAUCCGACUCCUGACUGGGCGACACAUGCGAUGGGGAAGACAAAACGGAAGAGGCGGCAGACACUGGAGGACGGUGAGAGCGAUGACGAGCCCGCAAGUGACAUGGAUGUGUACGAAGAUGGUCUGUCUACACAGCCUUUGGCUCGGCUGCUCAAAGACGCAGAUAUACUCUCGCGAAAAUCAAGAGCCCCUGCGAAGCGGAGGAAGCUGCAAGCUGGUACGAUCGACAUCCAAAGGUUGAAGGAUGUCGCGAGGACGGGACCGUCCGCGAUUACGUCUCUUUCAUUCCAUCCAACGUUCCCGCUCCUCCUCUCCUCAGGGCCCAGCUCAACGCUUUAUCUUCACCAUGUCAACCCGAACCCUCCAAAUCCAAACCCUUUGCUCACUUCAUUACACGUCAAACGAACACCCCUGACCACUACCGCCUUCCAUCCGUCGGCUUCAGACUCUCGCAUAUUCCUCAGUGCUCGCCGGCGUUACUUUCACAUUUGGGACAUUGCCACAGGUAGAGUAGAAAAGGUGACUCGGGUGUACGGGCAUCAGCAGGAACAGCGCACGAUGGAGUAUUUCACCUUGUCUUCAAAUGGCAGAUAUAUGGCUCUGCGGGGAUCUUCGAAGAAGGGAGGCGGCGUGAUAAACAUACUCGACGCUACGACCCUGCAAUGGGUGACACAAGCGCGCAUUGAAUCCAGAGGUGGCGUUGCCGACUUUGUUUGGUGGGGAGACGGAAGCGGUCUUAGUAUCGCUGGAAAAAACGGCGAAGUCACGGAAUGGAGCGUUCAAAAGGGCGUGAUAGGGCGAUGGACUGACGAAGGUGCUGUGGGCACUACAGUCAUUGCACUCGGUGGGAGGAGCGGAAGAGAUGGAUGGAUAGGCGGGGAUCGAUGGGUCGCGAUUGGGAGCUCAAGUGGCAUCGUGAACAUUUACGAUAGAAGAGCGUGGAGUGAGAAGAACCCCUCGGUCAGCGGAGAUGUCUCUGAUCUUAACAACGGCAUACCCAAGGCUCCGAAACCCGUCCGCGGUCUCGACCACCUUACGACACCGAUUUCGCACCUUGCAUUGUCCCCUGAUGGACAGAUUCUGGUAAUGGCCAGUCGAUGGAAGAACAACGCGCUGCGGCUGGUACAUUUACCGUCAGCGACUGUGUACAGGAACUGGCCUACGGACAAGACGUCACUGGGCCGGAUUAGCGCAGUCGCAUGGGGACGACCCGCAGAAGAAGAAGAAAGGGAAGGGAGUCUCGCCCUGUUGGCGAUCGGGAAUGAGGCUGGACGCGUCAAGCUUUGGGAGGUGAGGGUUUGAUAAGGCGCUGGGAUGAUGCUGGAGACUGGGUACACUCGAGUACAGCGUACGAUAACAUAACUUGUCUUACUCUAGGUUGUGGAAAGCUGCUCCGGAAGAACUUUAGCAGGUGAAGCCCGCUGAAGAUGCAGCUCCACAAUUACAGGGGGUACUGGUGAUUAAGGCUGCCUUCUCAUUUGUUCCCCAUCCUUGAAAGUUCGCUCGUCUAUGAUCCCCCCGUCUUGGCGUACUAGCAGCCACCUGUUCACUUGACGUCUUUCCUACCUCGAUAUUAUGCCAUUUUUCUCUUAGUGUCCGAGCUUUCAAUUUCCCUCGUUUCCGAGCUUUCUAUUUUUGGUAGCUGUCACCGCUUUCUUAUGGAAGGCACGCCGUCUGCCGCCCUCUUGCACGAUUGGUUGACCACAGCUUCUCCGCUCGCUCACACUUGUCUUUCGAUCUUGCACUUCAGUUCACCGUACUGCCUGCUUGUUACUUCGUC